AUGACAGAGAGAAAUAAUAGCAGAGUUCGUGGUACCUUUCAGAACUCAGCGAAUAGUUAUCCACACGGGCAAGUUGGUGACUCGACUUGGUUUUCGCCCAAUCCCCAUAAACACAUAUUGGGACGCUAUAGCCCUACUAUGGGGAUCCCAUAUCAAAAAAAGGAAAAUGACACCGACUUAUCUGGCCGAGAUGCUAGAACUCUUGGGGGACAAGGUGGUGUUAAUGGAACCGAAACCAGUGGCGCUUCCAAGGACAAUAAACCUCACAUUUUCAACUCUGAAAAGGAAGAAAAAAUGGCGAAGAAAAAGUCCAAGACGAAAAAAAAGGGGGAAAAAAUCAUGCAAAAGAAUGAUAAUGAAUCACUACAUAUACAUGUUCGGGGUGUCCCUCCGCAGUCCAACACCCAACAGCAGGAACCAGGUAAUAGAAUCGAGAGCGAAAAUGAUGCCGAUGUUGAAGUGGUGUCGCGAAAAAGCUGUCCUAACAGUGGAGCAAUCGAAAAAAUGUCGAAAUCCUUGGGGCAACUGCUCCGAAUUGGUACCUUGGCAUGUACUGGCUGGACAACGGAGGAGCCGACGACACCGUGCCGUUUUAUACAGCCGAACACUAUUUUUACCGCAGAUGGAGUCCAAGCCCCCGUGCAUCAAGUGUCAGAAGGUAGCGGAGAGGAUGAACCUCAUGAACGUGGCAAGAAUUCGCUCAUGGUAGUGGAAAAGUUCAAGAAUGAAUCCGAUGCCUGUCGUAUUGCAAAAUCUGUUUCGUAUGAGCUCAUAAACAAAGAAUCAAGUGUUGAUUUCUAUUCGAAGUGUAUUAAAAUGUAUGGCUUCAAUCACAUCAUCAUCAUCGAGGAACAUGAAAAUGGAUUGCUUUUUCUUGACUGUUAUGGUCGAGUAUUUGAUUGGGAUGCUAUGGUUGCUCUGUUACGACCACUUGGGAAGAAUUUGGAUGAAUGCGACUUUACCCGGCUGGUAUGGUACCUCGAGCCCGAUACAACUAUUACUGAAAUGUAUGAUUUUGAAUAG